AUGGAAGGUGCGGUGUCAGCGCUGGACAAGACGGCCACCGAGCUGUCGGUGAUGGAUGUCUAUGAUAUCGCGGCGGUGGUCGGCCAGGAAUUCGAGCGCAUCAUCGACGUAUUCGGCUGCGAGGCGAUCGCCAAGCUGAUGCCCAAAGUGGUGCGGGUCCUGGAGAUGCUGGAGGUGCUGGUGAGCCGCAACCAGAUGAAUCCGGAGAUGGACGAGCUCCGCCUGGAGCUGGACCGGCUGCGGGUGGAGAGAAUGGACCGCAUCGAGAAGGAAAGGAAACACCAGCAGGAGCUCGUGCUUGUCGAGGAUGUGUGGAGAGGGGAAGCUCAGGAUUUACUCACUCAGAUCGCUAAACUUCAGGAGGAAAACAAACAGCUGACGAUGAAUCUUUCCCACAAAGAUGUGAACCUGACUGAGGAAGAAAUCCUGAAACAGGAAGCUGGGAUGUCAGAAAGGGAAUGGCAAGUGAUGAAGAAGCUGAAGGAGGUGGUUGAUAAACAGCGGGACGAGCUCAGAGCUAAAGACCGAGAGCUAACUCUGAAAAACGAAGAUGUGGAGGCAUUACAGCUGCAGCAGAACAGGCUGAUGAAGAUAAACCACGAGCUGCGACACAAGGUGACAGUGAUCGAUGCCCAGGGGAAAGGGCUGAUCGAGCAGAAAGUGGAGCUGGAAACCACUUUGCAGACCAAAGAACAGGAAAUGGGAAACAUGAGGAUGGAGAUCGGGAAGCUGAGGGAGAAAUUCCAGGGACAGCCCACAGAAAAUGGAAACGAGCAGCUGAAGACAGAACCCAUGAGUGAAGAAGACUUUCAAUCGGAUAAGACGCUUCUAGAUUUAAAUGAUCCCAAUCGGCCUCGCUUCACGUUACAAGAGCUGAGGGAUGUCCUCCAUGAGAGGAAUGAGCUGAAGGCAAAGGUCUUCCUCCUCCAGGAAGAAAUGGCUUAUUACAAAAGCGAGGAAUCGGAGGAAGAAAAUGGGCCUUCAAACCCUCCCCCCACCCCACACUUGCAGCCAAAAACGGCAACCCAGCCAGAAUCCGGCAUCAGGCGAUUGUUUAAUUUAUUUUCACGGGACAAACGAGCGGAAAUGCGUCAUCGAUGGCAGGGAUCUGGUGGAGUUUGGGGAAUUUCAGAGCAGGAAGGGAUCGUCACAGAGCAAGGUCAAGAAGCACUACAACAUCUAUAACUGCAGCCCCUGGACAGGUCCUCUGGUUUAGGAAUCCGGAAAGUCGCUUUUUGCAACUGAAUAAUGAGAAUCAUUGGAAAGUGACUUUUCUCAAAUCUUUAACAUUGAAAAAUCCGAGUGCAGGUUAACAGUUAAUGGGCUGCGAGAACUGGAUUGCCUACAGUGGUGAACUGUUGUAUUCUAAUCACUAACCUUAUUUUUGGAAAGGUAAAUUAAUGUGAUGACCUCACAGCAUCAUGAUAGUAAUAGUAUUGGCUUCUCUUGUGUAUGCAGAACCUGCAAUGUUAUACACCAAACCCAGAAGGUAUUUAUCUGUGGAUUAUACAGCCUGCUGUGUUCCAAUAACCGUCACAUAAAAGGCAAUUCCAACGUGUGCUUUCUGAAGAAUCAGACACAACCUAUUUCCCAAGUAUAUACGGUCUCAAAUUACAAGCUGACGGUUAGAGCAUUCCUCUCUGUAGGAGGAAUAUGAGGAACAUGUUUCUGAAUUUCAGGUCAAAAGGAACAGGUUUUUAAUUUGAAGCUUUGUCCAUUUCUGUUAACCGUUUCUGUGUUGUGUAUCACUGAACACAACACGAUAAGUCUACAGUGACCUGUGCACAGAUAAUUUAACAUUGUAUUUAACAGUUUUUUUAAAAGGGAUGUUAAUUUCAGUAUUAUACUGUACAUUAGUUUGCAGGUCACCUAAACUGUACAGAUCUUUGACUGAGGAAAGCAAAAUGGAAUAUGCCAAAGUUUGUUACAGCUGCUUAGAUAAAUUCAUGUUUUGAGUAUUUGCAAAACUAACAACAUGUCCCACAUCAACUAAAGGCAAAAUUAAUUUUUGUAAACUUCUUUGGUCAUUACAAUCAGAUACAGCCCCAGCAAAAUAUACUGAAUAUGGCCAAGCAACAUGUUAUUUAUGAUUCAAAAAAUCAUAAUGUUCCACUAAAGUCACAAUUUGCCCCCAAAAUUGAAUGUUGAAUAAAUUCAAUGCAGUACUUUGUGCUGUAAUUACAUCUUCCUACCUACAUAGAUGCUAUAGCACCACCACUGGUGGGUGGGUGUCAUUACAGCAUGACAUGUUUACAUGGAUAAUUUUCAUUCAAAAUGAAUGUUGAGCAUGUAAUUGCUGUUUGUGAGGAUGAUUGCAGGAAGUAACCUGUGUGCGUGCUGAAGGAGUGUAAUCAGUGCAGGUUGAGGACGUGUUCAACUGACGCCCAGCUUAAUGCCACAUUUGUGCUUGUCUGUAAAUUUACAGCUGACAAUGCAAAUUCAUUACAAGUGGUUCAUGGGUAAAUGACUCAUCAGGAGCAGAAACUCCUUGUGAGCUUGGAGGUUGUCUUGAGCAGUGAAGCAGAUUCUCAGCAAGGUCCUGACACUAUUCAUAUUAAAACUGCCAUUGUUUUACAGUGGAGGUAACAACAAAUCAUCAGCUUGACGCUGCUUAACUCUGAGCUAUUCAUACAGGCCAACAUGAGUUGAACCAGCACAUUGGUGAAUUUAGGAUACUGAUCAGAUGCCCUAAUCUGGAAGCACAGCAGAUUUCUGCUUCGUCAUUGUAUCUUUUGAAAGAACAGAUUAAAAACAAAUUUCAUGCUCCAACAAAAUGUAUACUUCAGUGGGAUAGACUGUGGAAUCACAUUUGUUAACUGUAGGUUUUAAUUUUGUGCCUUUAAUAUUUCUUUAAAAUAACAUAGAUACUACAUGGAUGCUCCAACUCGCAAAUACCUUCUGUUUUGCCAAAGUAGUUGUGAAGUAUUAACUGAAGAGUGGCUACUGAUUAAAGUACAAUGUAACCCAUACAGCUGGUAGGCAUCUAAUGUGUGUUUAUCUAUAAUAAAAGUAUUGCAUCUA